GUUGUAGUUGAUAAAAACUGGUUUAUAUUUAUCCCAACUUCUCUAAAUGAUAAUAGGAAUUAAUAUGUGUGCUUAGGCGAAGCACAGUUGGGGUGUACCCUUCAGCGGCGAUAUGAACUUGUUAGGGUGUACGUAUACUCACGAUAGGGGUGAUCCCACCAGGGAACUUCGUAAAGAUGUGGAGAACGGUAGAAAGACUAGUGGCAAAGGCAAUUUCUUUGUGGAAGGGCCAAACAAUCUUCCGGGUUAUAACAGUCGGCUUUCUAACAGAUCAAUAAGGGACGAUGGCCUAAUGGGUACCGAUAAUAACGCUGCAAAUAUAGACCAUUGCAUGGAAGGUUUGGCUCAGGCACCUAGAAGGGCUAGUGUUCGAGGAUGUGACCUUUUGGGCGAUAUGGAACUUGACGAUUUGACCACUUAUGAUGAUGAAUUAGCGAAAGAAGCUGAAAGCUCAACUAGGUUUGACUUCAGGGGUUCAAGUUACUUUGGAUACUCUGAGAGUAAUGGAGUACGCAGUAUCACUGAUGUGUUGUCGUUUGACAAGCGGCUUGGCCAAGGUGUUUAUGGCGAUGUCUUUCUGUGCCACUUACGUGCAGACCGCACAAAAAAGUUUGCGGUAAAACGUAUACAGCAGGCACCAUCUCCUAUUGAAAAAAUUUUUGGUUUAGAUCAGAACAUUAUAAAGGAGUUGCACGCCCUCAGGGCGCUGAGGCGUCCACAUGCCAAUAUCGUAAGACUGUAUGAUUUUUGCUCUGCUAUGGAGACUGUAGUUCCGCGCAAUUCCUCCAAAUCGGAUCGUAAAGAAAACAAGCGCAAAUGUAUUGCCUUUUACUUAAUAUUUGAGUUGUGUGAUAUGGAUCUUAACCACUUUGUUAAGGAGUUAUCCCUCAAGUAUAAAUCGCAUGAAGUGGAUCUAUUUAGUAGUACGAGUGAUCAUACCGAAGGAGAGUACAAUAUCCAGGAUAUUAUAAAUCAAUGGUCAACUCUAUACCUUAAGAAGCGUAAGGAAGAAGUGCGCCCAGAUGGUCUAUCUGGGACUUCCAUUAGGAGUGAGCGUAUUCCACUUCCUGGCCUUCACGAGGACAUUGUCAAGGUCAUCAUGUACCAAAUGUUACAAGGAUUGGCCUACAUACAUUCAAAUCGCAUUAUUCAUAGGGACAUCAAACCACAAAACAUUCUAAUAAAGAAAUCUAACGGGCUUAUCAACACUCAUGAAGCGCUUAGUUCACCAUGUGAAUGGCAAGUUAAGAUAGGUGACUUGGGAUUGUCCACUAUAAUACCUGCACGAUACCUCACUACUAUGACUGAAGAGGUUGUGACAUUGCUAUACCGACCACCGGAGUUAUUACUGGGUGACUGCAAGUACACCACGGCGGUUGACAUAUGGUCCACUGCUGCUAGUGUGGGAGAAUGCUUACUUGGGAAGCCUAUGUUCCGUGCCAGGACUGAGUUCAGUGUCCUCAUGCGUAUAAUGUGCACCGUUGGAGCGCCUAAUCUGGAUGAGAUGCCUGAUUUCGCUAGGCAUUUAAAGCAUCUAACGGACAGCAUGCCAAAGAUUGAGCGGGAUGGUAGGGCAUCUCUGAGGAAGAUGUUUACAGAUCACUUUGGUCGGCAGCUUAUCAGCGAAACGGGUCUUGAUUUAUUCUAUAACAUGUUGCAAUUCGUUCCUGAAAAGCGCAUCACUGCUGCGCAAGGGCUUAGGCACCCGUGGUUUGAUGAUAUAGAUUCUCUUUUGCAGCCAUCCAUUGCCAAAUCAUACGACAACUUUGAAAGGGUAUUCCCAAAGGGUCAGAGGGACAUGCUGCCUCUGCCAUUUCGCGGCGAUUUGUCAGAAUAUCAGCGGCAAUUACGCAAGGCUAAUUUAAAGGAGACUUCAAUUGAUGACCCUUAUGUCCAAUUCGUCUUUCCGUGAUUUGCCAUAUGUCGCGCUUAGUGAG